AGUGAUUCGCACCAACCAUUUCUUAAAGAGUGUUUUACCGAGGACUCUUUAAUUUUGAGACGCAGUUUGGGAAACUUCUAAGUCCACGAAAAAAUAAACCUUGUUUCAAGUCCUUCUCUAGCAAGACAAAAACCGAUGUCGUCUUCGUUUACCCCUCAGCACAGCCGGGGGCAUCCGGGGCAGCAUCAUGUUCACCCGGGCGAGCAACAGGUCAUGGACGCCUACGUCCUCCCGACCAUGCAACCACCGACGAUAAACCUGACAACGGACGCGACGACCCGUGGCAAUGGGGUAGACACCUCCAUGUCCUCUGAGCAGCAAGCGCAGGCUGCGAAAGACCAACUGCGGAAUCACGAGUGCACGAUGUCGAAGUUGACGAACUACGGGUCCACCGUUCCCGGGGAUUUUGAAAUCGAGAACUGCAGUCUGAUUGAGAAGCCGGAGCAGACAAACGGGGACUUGAAGCACACACUCCUGGAUUGCAUCGGGUACUGCACGCGUCUUCCGCUCCGCGCGCCGAACUGCGACCACGAGAAACCAGAGACCAUCGCAGAGAAGGCGAACGAAAUUUCCGGAAACCAAAUCGCCUUCGCGUGCCGUUGCUGCGGAUCGCUCGUGCCGCCGAAUUGCAUUGGGAUCUACGUGCACAACGGCAUGGUGAAAGUGGUGUCGCCCGGGCGGUGGUUGUUGCGCCCCAGCCGGUCGCACUGGCAGACGCUAGACGAAAAUUUGGAUAAAAAUGUCAUCAAGUCGGGGACACUGUUGGUCGUGCGUGUUCCAAUCGGGCAGAUUGGGUUGUGCUUGGACAACGGAAAUCCGCUGUUGCUCGGUCCCGGGUCGCACUGCUGCAACACAGGACUGGUAAAAAAUAUUUUGAGGACAAUCUCGUAGCGAAUCUAACGUUUGCGCUGCUAGUGUAAAAGAAAGAAAUGGAAGUGUGACGGCUGUAUGAUGACAGGCUGCUUUUGAGUUUUCAAACAGAAAAUCUAAAGAAGUAGUUUCCGUCGCACUCUUAUCUUGUGUAUUGUGGUUUUCUUUUUGGUGCAGUUGUGGUGUUCUUUUUUGAAAAAUUCAUUUAGGUCAGUAUCUAUCAUCUUAUUUGAAGGCCGCGUGGGGCCUACCUUUUGUAGCCUUCACGCAAAGUAGGAUGUUUUGAUUGAAGGCGGUCAAAAACUUCAGCAUAAUCUCGUGCAAGCAAAACUUUCUAGGUACAAUUCCAACGUCUCGUCGAUCAGUCUGCGGAGUAUAUCAGCCAUGGACCGUUUCACUUGCUCCGCGUACCCCGGGGUAAAUACGGAAAGUGUUGGGUGCCGCAGAAAGACACCGGCACCAUUUCCCCGCGUUUGUUGGAAGAGGGAUUUCACAUCAUCAACAACGUACUUUUCAGAUUCGACGGUAUGGUGGAUGUGCGCAGUCCGCACAUCGAACACGGGUCAGUGCAUGUGCUGCAAGUCGAGAAGGGGAAAGUCGCGAAGGUAGAACUUUUUGAACCAGGAGCUUGUGCUCGGUUUUUUACAAGAAAAAAGGUUUUGAUGAUUCAUUUUCGUGUAAGUACUAGGGUAUCUCUGCCUUUCUGCGAAGAAAAGCGAACAAAAAAAGGUAUUCCUGGACAACAUUCCGCGGCUCCUUGGGCCGGGUCGUCAUGCGCUCGAGUCGGUGAAUUUCCAGUACUGCGGAGUGGCGGACAUGACGGACCAGGUCAUCCGCCACGGCACGAUCACCAUCCUCCGCAUCCCGCUGGGGGAGAUCGGGUUGGCCUGGCAGCUGAACGAGCCCUUUUUCAUCGAGAGCAGCGGUCUGUACGCGUACAACUCGCCGGACUUCACGUUCGUCGACCACGUGCCAGCGAACGAGAAGAUCAUCGAAUUGGGCGCGAAAAAAAUCUUGAGCGUGUGGACAGGCGAAGUCGGGAUCACGUACCGCAACGGCGAGCUGGAUGUGCUGGACCACGGGCGGCACGUCAUCGACGCGGCCACGCACGUUUUCGAGUGUUUCUUGUCCACCCAGCAGAAAUCACUGCGACUGGUGUCAAUGACGCAGGAUCAGAAAAAGAAACGGUAUGUUUUUAUGUAGGUGACUUGCAGCUUGUGCUUGAGACCAGUGAGUUGUUUUGUUUCGCUAGAAGCAAAAGAGUAAGUACAAGUCGACCGCGAUUAUGUUGCAGAUGAGUGCAUGAAAUAGUGAAAAUCUACUGUCGUAGGUCUAGGUUUGAAGGUUUUGUGAGGAACUACUUCCACAUCAAAAUUUUGUGUCCUUCUUCACAGCGCGCAGACCCGGCAGGCCGCCCGCGAGCAGUACGAGCAGAAAGCAGCUGCUGCUGCCUGCACGGCAAAGAAACCGCCGGGCAACGUUCCCCACUUUACCAGCGGCAAUUCGGAUGCGCUCGUGGACACCGCGACGGGCGUUGUCUUUGGCGGCGAGAGCAUCUUUUCCGGUGCGUUUAACAACAAUAACGGCGGAAAUGAUAAAAAGGACAGCGCUGGAAAUGCGUCGGCGAAUAAGGACCCGGCCAAAUCCGAAAACCGCAAGAUCGAGAACAACGACCGCGCGGACAUGCUGGCGUGUGAGACCAAGGAUCUGGUGAAGGUGGGAAUCCGCGCGGAUGUCUUCUACAGUAUCUGCGACCCGAUCAAGUGCUGCCAAAAAAUCUCCUAUGACGAGAUCGAAGACCUGGUGCGCGAGACCGCGAUCGCCACGUUGACCAACAUCGUGCGGUCUACCGCUCUGAACGAGAUUGCGCAAUCGAAGUUACCAAGUGCCGUGUCGUCCGAUCUGGCGGGGAGUAAGAACCAAGAGCUACAAGAGCAGAUUCAAGCCUUCCGGGAGCAACACUACGCGAGCGCCAGCGCACCGCUGUUUUUUGACAAGGCGCACGACGACUUCCUAUCCAAGUUGCACGACGACUUUUAUUCGAGGUAGGAGACGUAUGAGGGCAUUAUUUCAUUGCUCAUGUGUUUUGAUGAACUCAUCGGGGUCGUGUUUGUUUUCCGUUCGCAACAAUUUUGAUAGAUCCUCCUCCUGCUCAUGCUCAUCUUCAGGAUGAAACAGCGCUCUGCAAAUGAUUCAGGUAUGGAAUCGACAUCGCUAACAUUCGCAUCGAGUCCUUCCAGAUUUUCGACGAAGAACUUGCGGAAUCCAUUUCACGGCAAGCUUUGGUAACCGCACAAACCGAGAAUCAGCUCGCAAACUUGGCCGGGCAAACGGAAAUUGCCAUUGCGGAACAAAAGCGUAUCGCUGAGGUACAAAAUAUUUCUGCGGAGGCCGAGGCACAAUCUUUGCGGACCAGAGCCAAUGCAGAGAACGAGCGCCGCAUCCAAGAAGCACGUUCACAGGCGGAGGCAAAAAAGAUUGCGAUCCAGCAAGAGGCGCAGGCUUUUGUACUCUAGUUUUUUACUUUUUUUGGUGUGCAGAUGGAGAUGUAGAAGGCGUUUUCUUGUUACUGAGCAUGCGUGCAUGGAGUUGAUUUUCUUGUAUGAUUGCGCUUGCGGUGGUGCCUCCGCAGGGGUCGAUUGUGAACACAAGAAGGUGUAUAUCUACAUCCCAAAAAUUUCUCAGGCGGAAGCGAAGAUUACCAAGGCGCGCGCCGAGGCUGAGGCCGUGCAGACGGUCGCCGUGGCGGAGGCGAAACGCGCGGAAUUGCUGAAUGCGACGCCGUUGGGUUCGAAGAUGACGCUGCUCAACAUUCACUCGGAGAUGGUAAAGGAGUGUAACCGGGGCGUGGAGAAGAUCAUUUACUGCGACCCGACGCUGCAGGGCACCGGGUCCGCCUUCGCGUUGCAAACGUUGCAGAGUUUGAACAUGGACUUGAACGGGUUAUCGCUCGUGGGGGAACACGGUGGCGCCGGGAAGGGAAACAUUUCCCCGAAGUCCUCCAGCACCACGGCGAGCAGCACGCAGGGCAGCCCCAUCCUCGACACGGCCUCGAGCUCGACCCGGGCAAGUGGCGGCAGCCUCUUGUUGAGCCAAGUGAAUCAGUCGCUCGCGAGUAAGGGUGCUGGGGGCGGAAACAAAAAAAUCAGUACGACCAGCACGAUCGCCGAAUGAAUGACGGAAGGCUACGCCUGAGUGAUGCUUGACAUUCAAAAAUCACAUACGAAAAGGAUUUACUUAUACUUGAAUGCCCUGUAAUCCCUAUCCCCCGCAUGCUGACGCAGUUUUGUACUUCUCUGAACCUACUAGAUCAAGCCGCUUUUGCUUUUGAAGCCUUUUCAGAACUGAAAGUAUCCGUAUCGACGCAAAAAUAAAGACUUGUUGAUUUUUUAUUGACGCAUAUAGUGAUCGACAUUUUCCCCGUGGACAAUUGAAAUGUACACAAUCGUCGUAGUUUUGCCCUGUACGAGUUUUGUAUCGUGAUCUCUUUCACAGAACAAGUGAAUUUCUAAAUGUACACUUAACGAGAGCGAGUCAAACAUCAUGCGAUAUAUUGCUUACCUAUUUUCGCUUUCCGGAGCACCAGCGCAUAUAGCUAUCUAAAGCAAAGAAUUGAUGAUCGAGAAGGUAAAAAACAAAUCCCCGUGGAAAAUGAUUUUUUCGGAACUUCCAUUCGACUUAUUUUCAUUUGGUAAGUUGUAU